AUGUCUUUACCUGCUAUAGCCGCUUGGAAUGUUAGAGGGUUUAAUAACCCUGUCAAAGCCAAGCUUUGUAAAGAUCUCAUUGCCUCUUAUAGUCUUAAAUUUCUCUGUAUUCUGGAAGCUAAAAUUCAGCACCAUGUCGCUCAUGAUCCUUGGUUUCUUCAUUCUCAUUCUUUCUUUGAGAAUGAGGAAAGCUAUGACAAUUUCUCGUGUUCUACCCCGGGUAGAAUUUGGCUUAAAUGGGACUCUUCCCAAAUUUCUUUUUAUCCUCUAUUCACCUCUUCUCAAGUUGUUCAUGGUAUUAUUGAAGCUGGUUCUCUCCCUCCCAUCUACUUGUCUGUAGUGUAUGCUGCCAAUGAGCUGGUUGAUAGGAAAGCUCUUUCGGAUAACCUCUUAGGUUUUGCUGGUACGAUGGAUCACCCAUGGAUUGUCAUGGGGGAUUUUAAUUGUUGUAGAUAUGAAGGGGAAAAAGCUGGUGGGAAUCCUUUGUCUGCUGAUAGAUUGGGGGAGCUCAACAAUUUUGUUUUUGGGUCCGGUUUACAGGACCUUGCUUCUGUGGGGUUGUUUUAUAUGUGGCAUAAUCAAAGGAGUGACAAUCCUAUUCACAUUAAGCUGGAUCGUAUGUUGGUAAAUCAUGGCUUUCUGGAUUUAUUUCCUACGGAUUUUUAUAAAGUUGAUACUCCUUGUGGUUCCGAUCACUCUCCUUUAAUUCUGUUUGCUACCCACUUGAAAAAGAAUUUCUCGAGAUUUAUGUUUAAAGCUUUUUGGACAAAUAUUGAUGCUUUUUGGGAUGAGGUUUUAAAAGCUUUUGAUAGGGGUAAAGUUUGGAACUCUGCUAACUUCAUUUCCAAUGGUAUUUUGGAGAUGAAAAGUUUUCAACAUCAGUGCAUUACGAAUAUCCAGUUAGAUCCUUUAAAUCAAGCUUUGAACCACUCUCUUAAAGAGGCUAGUGACCGAUUAGCCUCAUUACAAUCUGAUUGGGUUUCUUGGAUCUCUCAAAGGGCUAAAGCUUACUGGUUAACUCAAGGGGAGGAUGAUCUUGGUUUUCUUUAUGCCAAGAUUAGGUCCAGGAAAAACCGGAAUACUACCAAUGAGAUUGUUACUCCUUCUGGUAUGAUUUCCUCACAUGAUGAUUUGGCUCAUGCUCUUAUUUCUCAUUUUAAAGAGCUUUAUAACACCCCCUCUCCCCCUUUGGAUAAUGGGUAUGACAUCCCUGUUGGAAAUAAAAUUCCUAAUUGCCUCAUUCCUAGUCUUGUACUCCUGUGA